GCGUUUGAGAGCGUUUACAAAGAAAGGCUUUAUUUUUUCUGUGGUCAUAGUCAGAGCUUUCCUUAGACUUUGAAAAUGAAGACAGCUGUUGAAAGCAAUUACGCCACCGUCUUUAGUGUAAAGACAUCAAAGCGACGCGUAUGUGACUUAGUCAAUUUCUAACUGGAGACCAAAAGUCAGAGAGGACUGAGGAAAUUCAAAUCUAUACGAUGAUGAUUAUCAAUGAUGAAGAAAGUAGAGUGUCUCACAAUUUGGUUAUCGAAAUCUUAAGGUUUCCAUCUUCAAAAGCAUCUACGUAUGGCUCUUUCUUAUCGCAAUUGGUUGUACGACGUGUUCCCGAGCUUCAGCGGAGAAGACGUACGUGUAACUUUCCUCAGCCACUUUCUGAAGGAGCUUGAUCGGAAAUUGAUUAGUGUAUUCAAAGACAACGAUAUCCAGAGAAGUCAAUCGCUCGAUCCCGAGCUUAAACUGGCGAUUAGGGAUUCGAGGAUUGCAAUCGUCGUCUUCUCCAAAAACUACGCUGCUUCUAGCUGGUGCCUUGACGAGUUGCUGGAGAUUGUGAAAUGUAAAGAAGAGUUUGGUCAAAUUGUAAUUCCCGUUUUCUACGGUUUGGAUCCUUGUCAUGUUAGGAAACAGAGUGGCGAAUUCGGAAUUGUGUUUGAAAACACUUGCCAGACCAAAACAGAUGAUGAGAUACAAAAAUGGCGGAGAGCAUUGACUGAUGUAGCUAACAUCCUCGGGUUUCAUUCUUCCAACUGGGAUAAUGAAGCAACCAUGGUUGAAGAUAUAGCCAAUGAUGUUUUGGCUAAACUGAAUUUAACUACAACAUCUAAUGACUUUGAGGGUUUUGUUGGCAUCGAAGGUCAUAUCGCAAAGAUUAGUUUAAUGUUGUGCUUGGAAUGUAAACAAGUGAGGAUGUUUGGGAUUUGGGGACCUUCUGGUAUUGGAAAGACUACCAUUGCUAGAGCUCUGUUUAGUCGAAUCUCUCGUCAUUUCCAAGGUAGCGUUUUCUUAGACAGAGCUUUCGUGUCUAAGAGUAUGGAAAUUUAUAGUGGAGGCAACGUGGACAACUACAACGCCAAGCUGCAUUUGCAAGGAAAGUUUUUGUCUGAAAUUUUAAGAGCAAAAGACAUAAAGAUAUCUAAUUUAGGUGUUGUGGGAGAGAGGCUAAAGCAUAUGAAAGUUUUAAUCUUUAUUGAUGAUUUGGAUGAUCAAGUGGUGUUAGAUGCUUUGGCGAGUAAACCUCAUUGGUUUGGUUGUGGGAGCAGAAUCAUUGUUAUUACAAAAGAUAAGCAAUUUUUUAGGGCUCAUGGGAUUGGUCUUUUUUACGAAGUGGGUCUCCCAUCUGAUAAACUAGCUCUAGAGAUGUUCUCUCAGUCUGCUUUCAGGCAAAACUCUCCACCUCCUGGUUUCACAGAGCUUGCUUCUGAAGUUUCAAAACGUUCUGGUAAUCUUCCUUUGGCUCUUAAUGUUUUGGGUUCGCAUCUUCGAGGGAGGGACAAAGAAGAUUGGAUUGAUAUGUUGCCAAGGCUUCGAAAAGGUUUGGAUGGGAAGAUUGAGAAAAUAUUAAGAGUUGGCUACGAUGAGUUAAGUAAUAAAGAUGAUAAAGCUAUAUUUCGUCUCAUCGCAUGUCUCUUCAAUGGUGCGGAAAUCAGUUACAUCAAGCUGCUACUUGCAGAUAGUAACUUGGGUGUUACCAUUGGGCUUAAAAACCUAGUUGAUAAGUCCCUCAUACGUAUUGGGUGUGACACUGUGGAGAUGCACAGCAUGUUACAAGAAAUGGGUAGAGAAAUUGUUCGGGAACAGUCCAUUUACGAGCCUGGAGAACGGGAAUUUCUGGUGGAUUCGACGGAUAUUUUGGAUGUACUUAAUGAUAACACUGGUACGAAAAAGGUUUUAGGUAUAUCAUUUGAUAUGUCUGAGAUUGAGGAGUUGCACAUACAUAAGAGAGCCUUCAAAAGGAUGCCUAAUCUCAGGUUCUUAAGAUUUUACAAGAAAUUAGGGAAGCAGAGUAAAGAAGCCAGAUUGCACCUACAAGAAGGCUUUGACAAGUUUUUCCCCCCUAAACUCAAAUUACUGAGUUGGGAUGACUACCCGAUGAGGCGUAUGCCUUCUAACUUUCAUGCUGGAUAUCUCGUUGUACUGAGAAUGCAACACAGCAAGCUCGAAAAGUUAUGGCAAGGAGUUCAGCCGCUUACAUGCCUCAGGGAGAUGCAGUUGUGGGGAUCAAAAAAACUGAAAGAAAUCCCAGAUCUCUCGUUGGCCACCAAUCUUGAAACACUUUAUCUCAACGAUUGCUCGAGUUUAGUGGAGCUUCCUUCCUCUAUCAAGAAUCUGAAUAAACUGUGGGACUUGGGUAUGAAAGGAUGUGAAAAGCUGGAGCUUCUUCCAACCGACAUCAACCUCAAAUCUCUCUAUCGCCUUGAUCUUGGUAGAUGCUCACGGUUGAAGAGUUUUCCUGAUAUCUCAAGUAACAUUUCAGAGCUCUAUCUGAAUCGAACAGCGAUUGAAGAAGUUCCUUGGUGGAUCCAGAAAUUCUCCAGGCUUAAACGUUUACGUAUGAGGGAAUGCAAAAAGCUCAAAUGUAUAUCUCCAAACAUCUCCAAACUGAAACAUCUUGAGAUGCUCGACUUUUCAAACUGCAUAGCAACUACAGAAGAAGAAGCUCUUGUUCAACAACAAUCAGUUUUGAAGUAUCUCAUAUUUCCAGGAGGACAAGUGCCUUUGUAUUUCACUUACCAAGCUACUGGAAGCUCUUUGGCCAUCCCUUUGUCAUUACAUCAGAGCUCUCUCUCUCAACAAUUAUUGGGAUUUAGGGCUUGCGUCGUGCUUGAUGCUGAAUCUAUGUCCUCCGAGUUAUACGUAAUUGAUAUCAAGGUAUGUUGUCGCUUGAGUGGUAAACGCAGCAACCUCUUUGAUUCCGCUGACUGUCGGGAUGCCUUCUUUACACCUCAGAUGGAUAGUCAUUUGGUUAUAUUUGAUUGUUGUUUCCCUCUAAACCAAGAUAACGUUCGUCUAGCUGAACUGAACAAUGAUAAGGUGGUCACAGAGUUUCAUUUCACUAGUAUUUCUCGCUGCAAAAUAACAGGAGUCGGUGUACGCUUCCUCAGGGACUGUUCAUUACCAGAGAACCAUCAUAAUGAUCCAAAUAUUCUUGCACCUAAUUGUGGAUGCCCUGAGACUGAACACUCUGAUGAGUAUGGAGAAUUCGGUGUAGAGACGAAAAGAAGUAGGAAGCGAAAGCGGGUAAGCAUUAGGCAUAACAUGUACACAAUACUAGAUAUGUGUCCCAGUUCUGUUUCAGGAUCAACCACUUACUAUUUUGUAUAAUAAAGAUCACUGCAUUUUGUUUUAUUUUUCAGAUAACCUUAAGGACCGCUCAAGAAACUAUUGACUUGCCCUACCUUCAGAUCCGGGAAGAACAGAGGAUGUCACUUUGAAUCUUUGAUUCGAGAAGCUUUCAUGGCGCGAAAUGAGUGGUUUCACCGGUUCUAAUGGAACAGCAAGAGACAAAGAAGACAUGCAGAGAGUCGUCGCAUAGUUGUGUUAUUAGAUGUCUUUGUUUUAGACAAACAAAUGACUUUUCACUUUUCAGACUUCAGAGGAAUAAGAGUCAAUGCCAUUGAUAAGAGGAAGCGAGUUUCUUGAUAACACUUGUUGUCGUCUCUUUCUUCAUCUUUCUCAUAGCCCAAAUAUGUAAUGACGUUGUCAAUUAAAGGCAUAAAAGUCAAGCCAAAUCAAAUUGCAUUGAAAUUCAUUUCAAGCUGCAGAGGUUAAGCUGAAUCAAAUCCGAAUUUAGUGCAAUCAA